AUGUCUCAGGAAGAUCCAAGUCAGGACAGCUCAGGAGCUUUGCCAUUUAACUUAGUGCAUAUCUUUGCUUUGGGAAUUUGUGAAGAAUACGACAGAUCUUGCAAAUCCUCCUGGGCCUGUUCUGGUCUUUUUUUCCUUGUUCAGGAGGGUCUUGUGUCCUUCGAGGACGUGGCUGUGUUUUUCUCUGAGGAGGAGUGGUCUCAGCUGGAUCCUCACCAAAAAGUGCUGCAUUGGGAAGUCAUGCUGGAAAAUUAUAGGAACGUGGCCUCUCUGGGUGAUCAUGCCUAUGAGAAUAAAGAUCCCAGUGAAAAAUUCGAAGUGAUCAGGCAUGGAGGCGGAAUGGACAAGGAACUAGAGAUUCACCUAGAAAGUCAUGAGAGAAGCCAGUCAAAUAGUUGGAAUCAGGAAAGCUCAUCAUCCAUGGAUGCUGAGACGCAAGGCUUUCUUGCCCAACAAGGAAAAAUAAAGAAAACGUAUAUUGGAAAAUGUCCAACCCAAACCAAAGGAGAAGAUUAUAUGUGCAGAGACAAUAGAAAAAACCACAAUUGGACUUUCACGCUUUCCUGUGAAAAUGGGUCCCUUACGUCUCAUAAAAGGAUCUCCACAGGGGAGAAGCCAUAUAAAUGUUUGGAAUCUGGAAAGAUUUUCAGAACAAGUUGUCAAGUUACUUCACAUGAAAGGAUCCAGACAGGGGAGAAACGACACGCAUGCACGAAGUGUGGAAAGAGCUUCAGGAGGAGCAGUCACCUUAUUGCCCAUAAAAGGAUCCACACAGGGGAGAAGCCAUAUAAGUGCAAGGAGUGUGGAAAGAGCUUCAGAAUAAGCUGUCACCUUAUUGCCCAUAAAAGGAUCCACACAGGGGAGAAGCCAUAUAAGUGCAAGGAGUGUGGAAAGAGCUUCAGAAUAAGCUGUCACCUUAUUGCCCAUAAAAGGAUCCACACAGGGGAGAAGCCAUAUAAGUGCAAGGAGUGUGGAAAGAGCUUCAGAAUAAGCUGUCACCUUAUUGCCCAUAAAAGGAUCCACACAGGGGAGAAGCCAUAUAAAUGCCUGGAGUGUGGAAAGACUUUUCGUCAAAACAGUUAUCUUACUUCCCAUCAUAAAAGAAUCCACACAGGGGAGAAACCAUAUAAGUGCCUGGAGUGUGGAAAGACUUUUCGUCAAAACAGUUAUCUUACUUCCCAUCAUAAAAGAAUCCACACAGGGGAGAAACCAUAUAAGUGCCUGGAGUGUGGAAAGAGCUUUUGUAGUAGGAGUGAACUUACUUCCCAUAACAGGAUCCACACAGGCGAGAAACCUUAUAAAUGUGUGGAAUGUGGAAAAAGAUUCACCACAAACAGUUCUCUUAUUUCUCAUAAAAGGACCCACACAGGGGAAAAACCACAUAAAUGUGUGGAGUGUGGAAAGAGCUUCAGAAUAAGCUCUCACCUUAUUGCCCAUAAAAGGAUCCACACAGGGGAGAAGCCAUAUAAAUGCAUGGAGUGUGGAAAGGCUUUCACUGAAAACAGUCAUCUUACUUCUCAUCAUAAAAGGAUCCACACAGGGGAGAAGCCAUAUAAAUGCAUGGAGUGUGGAAAGGCUUUCACUGAAAACAGUCAUCUUACUUCUCAUCAUAAAAGGAUCCACACAGGGGAGAAGCCAUAUAAAUGCAUGGAGUGUGGAAAGGCUUUCACUGAAAACAGUCAUCUUACUUCUCAUCAUAAAAGGAUCCACACAGGGGAGAAGCCAUAUGAGUGCAUGGAGUGUGGAAAGAGCUUUACUACUAGUAGUGAUCUUACUUCUCAUAACGGGAUUGACACAGGGGAGAAACCAUAUGUGUGGAGCAUGGAAGGAGCUUCAGAAGGAGGAAUGAUCUAA